GAUUUAGCGAAAAGAGGGUAUUUUACCUGUUGGCUUUUGCAUUGACUUCGUACGCGCCGAAACCAGGCAGUCAAUCCAAUCCGGGAUCGAUUUGAGGAGGUGUUCAGCAGCGAAGUCAGGUGCCUUUCGUUCGACCUUUCAAGGGACCCCUCCGAGAGCAGCAGCAUGUCUUCUCAGAAAGUCGAGCUGCACACCGUUCCUUUUGACCCGAGGUUCCCGAACACCAACCAGACGAGGAACUGCUGGCAAAACUACGUCGACUUCCACCGCUGCGAAAAGGUGAAGGGCGAGGGCUACGAGCCAUGCAAGUACUUCCAGCGGAUCUACAAGGCCCUCUGCCCCAACGCCUGGAUCGAGAAGUGGGACGAGCAGAUAGCGAACGACUGCUUCGCCGGCAAGAUCUGAAGAGGUGCUUUGGAACAUCAGCAUCGUUGUGAUGAUGUAGAGUUGCUAAGUUUCAAUAACACAGUUCAGCUGGAC